AUGUCUUUAUGCUCGCCGAGCAGCACAAGUUGGAAUCAGUUGUUACCUUGUGCUCGUCGUCGUCAAGGAGACGCCGCGGAGCCUCUCUUUUUUGAGCUCGUGAGCGCACAUUCAUCACUGCCUAAUAAUUCUGAUAAUAUUGUCCUCUCUGUGGCGGCGGACCAUUCCUACCACGAUAUUGAGGAGGAGAAAGAAUCUGCUGAGAGCCGGGAGGCGGCGGAGGAGGAGGAAAAGGCGUCGAAGGCGCGCCAGCCACCUGAGGCGGUGGCGGCGGAGGAGGCGCCUGGAGCGAAGAGAAAGGAUUCUGAGAAUUCUGAUGAGAAGGAUUCUGAGAAGACGUCGAAGGAGGCGGAGGAGGCGGAGGAGGCGGAGGAGGAGGCGGAGGCAACGGCGGAAGUGGAAAUUUAUGUAAACCGAGAGCCGAGAAAAGUGUACUUUGUACGUUAA